AUGUCUGCUCCUAACGCAGGUCGCCAAUCUCCUGAGCCAGAGACGCAAACCGGUGCUCAGCUGGGAGAUCAUCCCGCCCAGCCUGGUAGUGGAAAGGUCGACAACUCCAAGGACAAGAAUGAGGGCAAGGAGGAUCAACUCGCAGGUCUGGAGAGCAACCCCAAGCAUAUCCUUGAGGAUGAGUCGAAGACGAAGUCAGGUGCUACGUCGAAGUAG